ACACAACAACAACAUAAAAAAAACCCCAUCCCCCCACAAAAAAUAAAAAAUCAAAAUAUAAAAUAUUUAUUUUUCGGAACUAAAGUGGAAGAGAUGAAAAGAAACAUACCCAUAAUAAUAAUAAUAAUAAUAACAACAUAACACACAUAAGUUGGCUUAUUUAUGAAUUUUUUUGGGCACGUAACAGAAACAUAAUACUUAAGGUGUAAAUGUGAUGACUAAAAAACAACAAACAAAAACCAAUAUAUUUAAUAACCGACUAACAAAGAUAUCGAAACGACAAAAGAGCAGAACAAAUAAUGCCAGGCCUUAUUAGCCCCAAAUUGGUAGAACCAAAACACUGAGAGAAAACCAAAAACGGCGAACAAACUGAGAAUUAUUGAAUUAACCCAAGAAAGCCCACGAAUGCAGCCAACAUUGCCACAAGCCGCUGGGACAGCCGAUAUGGAUCUGACGGCUGUUCAAUCAAUCAACGAUUGGUUUUUCAAAAAGGAGCAAAUUUAUUUAUUGGCACAAUUUUGGCAACAGCGCGCUACCCUGGCCGAGAAGGAAGUGAACACACUCAAAGAGCAGCUAUCCACCGGCAAUCCCGAGAGCAACGCCAAUAGCGACAACAGCGACACAGCAGCAGCAGCGGCAGCAAUUGUUGCAGGUGCAACAGCAACACACGACAGCGAGGAGGAGCAGCAGCAUCAGCAGCAGCAGCAGCAGCAGCAGCAGGUGGAAAGCGAAAGCGACAAGCUGCUGAACAGCUCCAUUGUUGCAGCGGCCAUAACGCUGCAGCAGCAGAACGGCAGCAAUCUGCUGGCGAACACAAACACGCCGUCGCCCUCGCCGCCGUUGCUCAGCGCCGAGCAGCAGCAGCAGUUGCAGAGCGGUUUGCAACAGAGCGGCGGUGUCGGCGCCUGCCUCAAUCCGAAGCUCUUCUUCAACCACGCCCAGCAGAUGAUGAUGAUGGAGGCGGCAGCGGCGGCAGCAGCGGCGGCAUUGCAACAACAGCAGCAACAGCAAUCGCCGUUGCAUUCGCCGGCGACUGAAGUUGCAACAAACGCAGAGCAGCCAGAAGUUGCUGUUGCAGCAGCAGCAGCAGCAGCGGCAGCAUCUCCGGUUGCAACUAGCAACACCAAGAGCGGCAGCAACAGCAGCAACAUCAAUCACACCGGCAACAAUAGUAGUCACCAGGACGAGGAGGAACUGGACGAAGAGGAGGAGGACGAGGAGGAGGAGGAUGAGGACGAGGACGAUGAGGAGGAGAAUGCCUCGGUGCAGUCGAAUGCUGAUGAUAUGGAGCUGGAUGCACCGCAAGAAACCAGAACUGAGCCAAGUGCAACAGCCCAACAGCAGCAGCAGCAGCAGCAGCAGCAGCAGGAUGCUGAUCUUGAGGAGCCCAAGGAUGCGGGGGAGGCUAGUUUAAAUGUUAGCAAUAAUCACACAACCGAUAGCAAUAAUAGUUGUAGUCGAAAGAACAACAAUGGCGGCAAUGAAAGUGAGCAACAUGUGGCCAAUUCGGCUGAGGACGAUGAUUGCGCCAACAACAAUACGAACACCAGCAAUAACAACAACACCACCAGCAACACAGCCACCAGCAACACCAACAACAAUAAUAACAACAACAACAAUAACAACAACAACAACAACAGCAGCAGCGGCAACAGCGAGAAGCGCAAGAAGAAGAACAAUAACAACAACAAUGGCCAGCCUGCUGUUUUAUUAGCUGCCAAAGAUAAAGAGAUUAAAGCACUUCUGGACGAACUGCAGCGUUUGAGGGCGCUGGAGCAGACGCACUUGGUGCAAAUCCAGCGACUGGAGGAGCACCUGGAGGUCAAGCGUCAGCACAUUAUGCGAUUGGAGGCGCGUCUGGACAAGCAGCAGAUCAACGAGGCGCUGGCCGAGGCCACCGCUUUGGCGGCCGCUGCUGCCACCAACAACAACAACAACAACAGCCAGAGCAGCGACAACAACAAGAAGCUGAGUACGGGCGCCACCACAACCACCACCACCACCACCACCAUCACCACACCGCUGGAAGCCUCAUCCUCCAUCCUUGGCGAUCUGCCAGAGGCAGCAAAAGCCUCCGUUCCGGCGGAGGAUGAGGACGAGGAUGAAGAUCAGGAUCAGGAUCACGAUCAGGCCAUGCUGGUGGACUCCGAGGAGGCGGAGGACAAGCCAGAGGAGCCGCUCCACCACGACGACGAUGACGAGGAGGAGGAGGAGGCCGAGGAUCGGGAGGCAGUCAAUGCCAGCACAACCGAUAGCAGCGAGCUCAAAAUCAAAAAGGAACAGCACAGUCCGCUGGAUCUGAAUGUGCUCAGUCCACAAUCGGCCAUCGCCGCUGCAGCUGCGGCCGCCGCUGCCGCCGCCUGCGCCAACGACCCCAACAAAUUCCAGGCGCUGCUCAUCGAGCGGACCAAAGCUCUGGCCGCCGAGGCGCUCAAGAAUGGCGCCAGUGAUGCCAUCAGCGAAGAAAUCAACAACCGAAACGAAGAUGCCGAUGAUGAUGCAGAAAAAGAAGUGUCGCCAGCAGCAGCAGCAGCAGCAACUGCAACUGCAACACUCGCAAUAGCAACAUCAGCAACAUCAUCAAGUGAAUUGCUGCCAAACGAAACGGAAGCCAAAGCUGACAAUAAUAUGGCGCCCAAGCAGGAAAUCGAAGACGAUGACGACGACGAGGUCACCAGCAAUCAGGUGAUCCUGCCGGAGCAGCUGGUCAACGAUUAUUGGCGUCGAGGUUUCGAAACGGGGAAUACAAAUAAUAAUCCCAGCAGCAGCAGCAGCAGCAACAGCAGCAACAUCAUCACAGCAAUGCCAGGGAGCAAAACGCCAACAAUUUAUCAAAAUCUUAGGGCCGAGCAGCAGGCACAAUUGCUGCCGCCGCCGCCGCCACCACCGCCACCACUCCCGCAGCAACAACAACAACAACAACAACAACAGCAACAGACACAUCAGCAGCAACAUCUACACUUUUCACAGCAACAACAGCAACAGCAACAACAGCAACAUCAACAACAACAUGGACCCUCGUCCACAGCCCUGCUUAGUCAACUGGUUAACUCAACAUUUUCCAACUCUUCCAACUCUUCCCGCCUAGAUGCCCACCACCACCAGCAGCACCAGCAUCAGCAGCACCACCACCAGCAGCAGCAACAGCAACAGCACCACCAGCAGCAACAGCACCACCAGCAACAUCUCCAUCAGCAACAUCACCAUCAUCUGCAGCAGAACAGCGGCAGCAACAGCAGCAGCAAUCCGUCGGCCAACGAUAGUUUGAACCACCAUCAUGGCCACCACUUGCACGGCCAUGGACUGUUGCAUCCGUCGGCGGCGCACCACCUGCACCACCAUGCGGCGGCGAACGAGUCCGGAUCGAAUUCGAGCACACCGACAGCCGCUGGCAACAAUCAGAGCAACAAUGGCUCGUCGAACAGCAGCAAUGCGACGGCCAGCAGCGCGGCCACCGCCCAACUGGCCGCCAGUUUGGCCAGCACACUGAAUGGCAGCAAAUCGCUGCUGCAGGAGGACAGCAACGGUCUGGCCGCCGCCGCGAUGGCCGCUCAUGCCCAGCAUGCGGCCGCAUUGGGACCGGGAUUUUUGCCGGGACUGCCGGCCUUCCAGUUUGCCGCCGCCCAAGUGGCCGCCGGAGCAGCCGAUGGACGGGGACACUAUCGUUUCGCCGAUUCGGAAUUGCAAUUGCCACCGGGCGCAUCGAUGGCGGGGCGACUCGGUGAAUCGCUCAUCCCCAAGGGAGAUCCCAUGGAGGCCAAGCUGCAGGAAAUGUUGCGCUACAACAUGGAUAAGUAUGCCAACCAGGCGCUGGACACCCUGCACAUCUCGCGACGCGUCCGUGAGCUGCUCUCGGUGCACAACAUUGGCCAGCGGCUGUUCGCCAAGUACAUACUGGGCCUGUCCCAGGGAACCGUCUCCGAGCUGCUCAGCAAACCCAAGCCCUGGGACAAGCUGACCGAGAAGGGACGCGAUAGCUAUCGCAAGAUGCACGCCUGGGCCUGUGACGACAACGCUGUCAUGCUGCUCAAAUCGCUGAUACCCAAGAAAGACUCUGGAUUGCCGCAGUACGCGGGUCGUGGAACCGGCGGCGCUGGCGGCGAUGACUCCAUGUCCGAGGAUCGCAUUGCCCACAUCCUCAGCGAGGCCUCAUCGCUGAUGAAGCAGAGCAGCGUGGUCCAUCAGCACCGCGAUCGGGAGCGGGAUCGAGAUCGAGAGCAGGAGCGUCGCAGUCACGAGGAUUCGCACAGCAACGAGGACAGCAAGUCGCCGCCGCAGAGCUGCACCUCACCGUUCUUCAAGGUGGAGCAGCAGCUGAAGCCGCACCAGCAGCACCUCAAUCCCGACCAGGCCGCCGCCGCCCAGCAGCGGGAGCGGGAGCGGGAGCGGGAGCAGCGGGAACGGGAGCGGGAGGUGCAGCAGCGACUGCGGCACGAGGAUCUGGCCCAGGACAAGAUGGCCCGGCUCUACCAGGAGCUGAUCGCACGCACGCCCAGGGAGACGGCCUUUCCAAGCUUUCUCUUCUCGCCGUCGCUGUUUGGAGGAGCAGCUGGCAUGCCGGGAGCAGCUGGCAGCGCCUUUCCCGCCAUGGCCGACGAGAACAUGCGCCACGUCUUCGAGCGCGAGAUUGCCAAGCUGCAGCAGCACCACCAGCAGCAGCAGCAACAGCAACAGCAACAGCAGCAGCAGGCGGCCCAGGCCGCAUUUCCCAACUUCUCCAGCCUGAUGGCACUGCAGCAGCAGGUGCUGAACGGUGCCCAGGAUCUCUCACUGGCGGCCGCCGCCGCCAAGGACAUCAAGCUGAACGGACAGCGCUCCUCGCUGGAGCACAGUGCCGGCAGCAGCAGCAGUUGCUCCAAGGAUGGCGAACGUGACGAGCCGUAUGCCAGUUCGCUUCAUGGCCGCAAAUCCGAGGGCGGCGGUACUCCCGCCCCACCAGCGCCGCCCUCAGCGGGCUCAGCGGGAGCAGCGGGAGCGGGAGCUGGAGCAGGAGCAGGCGUGCCAGUGACACCCACCAGCGCUGGUGGUGGUGGUGGUGGAGCCAAUUCGGCGGCACCCAGUCCGCUGAGCAAUUCCAUACUGCCGCCGGCGCUAAGCAGCCAGGGGGAGGAGUUUGCGGCCACGGCCAGUCCGCUGCAGCGGAUGGCCUCCAUCACCAAUUCGCUGAUCACACAGCCGCCGGUGACGCCGCACCACAGCACACCGCAGCGUCCCACCAAGGCGGUGCUGCCGCCCAUCACGCAACAGCAGUUCGACAUGUUCAACAACCUGAACACCGAGGACAUUGUGCGUCGCGUAAAGGAGGCCCUCUCCCAGUACUCCAUAUCGCAGCGAUUGUUUGGCGAAUCCGUGCUCGGAUUGUCGCAGGGUUCCGUCUCCGAUUUGCUGGCAAGGCCCAAGCCGUGGCACAUGCUGACGCAGAAGGGACGCGAACCGUUCAUCCGCAUGAAGAUGUUCCUGGAGGACGAGAAUGCGGUGCACAAACUGGUGGCCAGCCAGUACAAGAUUGCACCCGAGAAGCUGAUGCGUACGGGCAGCUACAGCGGCAGUCCACAGAUGCCGCAGGGAUUGGCCAGCAAGAUGCAGGCCGCCUCGCUGCCCAUGCAGAAGAUGAUGAGCGAACUGAAGCUGCAGGAGCCGGCGCAGGCGCAGCACCUCAUGCAACAGAUGCAAGCGGCGGCCAUGUCGGCGGCCAUGCAGCAGCAGCAACAGCAACAGCAGCAGCAGGCGCAUCAGCAGCACCAGGCGCAUCAGCAUUUGGCCGCCCAGCAGCAACAUCUCGUCCAGCAGCAGCAGCAGCAACAGCAGCAGCAGCAGCAGCAGCAACAUCUUGCCCAACAGCAACAGCAGCAACAACAUCCGCAUCAGCAACAUCAUCAGGCGGCGGCAGCAGCUGCUGCACUGCAUCAUCAGAGCAUGCUAUUGACAUCGCCGGGUCUGCCGCCCCAGCAUGCCAUCAGUUUGCCACCAUCGGCGGGACAGGUGGGUGCGCCCGGCAAUCCGGUGAGUGGAGCGGGCGGCGAUAAGAAACCCAUGCUAAUGCCGGUGCACGGCAGCAAUGCGAUGCGCAGUCUGAAUCAGCAUAUGUCGCCCACCGUGUACGAGAUGGCCGCCCUCACCCAGGACCUGGACACGCACGACAUCACCACCAAGAUCAAGGAGGCCCUGCUGGCCAACAACAUUGGCCAGAAGAUCUUUGGCGAGGCGGUGCUCGGCCUGUCGCAGGGCUCCGUCUCGGAGCUGUUGAGCAAACCGAAGCCCUGGCACAUGCUGUCCAUCAAGGGGCGGGAGCCCUUCAUACGCAUGCAGCUGUGGCUCAGCGAUGCCAACAAUGUGGAGCGGCUGCAGUUGCUCAAGAAUGAGCGGCGGGAGGCCAGCAAGCGGCGAAGGAGCACAGGACCGAAUCAGCAGGACAAUAGCAGUGAUACCUCCAGCAAUGACACCAACGAUUUCUACACCAGCAGUCCGGGUCCCGGUUCGGUGGGUUCGGGCGUGGGCGGGGCACCGCCCAGCAAAAAGCAACGUGUGCUCUUCUCCGAGGAGCAAAAGGAGGCACUGCGGCUGGCCUUUGCCUUGGAUCCGUAUCCCAAUGUGGGCACCAUUGAGUUCCUGGCCAACGAAUUGGGCCUGGCCACGCGCACCAUUACCAAUUGGUUCCACAAUCAUCGCAUGCGCUUGAAGCAACAGGUGCCGCAUGGACCCGCCGGUCAGGACAAUCCGAUUCCGAGCCGCGAGAGCACCAGUGCCACACCCUUCGAUCCCGUCCAGUUCCGACUGCUGCUGCAACAGCGCCUGGUCGAGCUGCACAAGGAGCGCAUGGGUCUGGGCGGGGCGCCCAUUCCCUAUCCGCCGUACUUUGCCGCCGCCGCCCUGCUGGGUCGCAGUCUGGCGGGGAUUCCCGGCGCCGCUGCCGCUGCGGGAGCGGCUGCCGCGGCCGCUGCCGUUGGUGCCGCCGGCGGUGAUGAGCUGCAGGCCCUCAAUCAGGCCUUCAAGGAGCAGAUGAGCGGUCUGGACUUGUCGAUGCCCACACUGAAGCGGGAACGCAGCGACGAUUACCAGGACGAACUGGAACUGGAGGGCAGUGGUGUCGGCGGCAUUGGCGGCAUUGGCGGCGGUGCCGGCAGCGGUCAUGCCCUCAGCGACAACGAAUCGCUGGAAGGCGGACAGGAGGAGGACAAAACGGCGGCCAGCGAUUACGAGAAGGCGCUGCACAAGUCCGCUUUGGCCGCCGCCGCUGCCUACAUGUCCAAUGCGGUGCGCAGCUCCCGUCGCAAACCAGCCGCCCCCCAGUGGGUGAAUCCCGCCGGUGCGGUCACCAAUCCCAGUGCCGUUGUGGCGGCCGUGGCAGCAGCAGCCGCUGCAGCCGCCGCCGCUGCCGCAGACAGCGAGCGGAUCAUCAAUGGGGUGUGCGUAAUGCAGGCCUCGGAGUAUGGACGCGAUGAGCAGGAGAAGCCAUCCGCGGAUGGGGGCAACGAUUCGGAUCACGAGCAUGCCCAGCUGGAGAUCGAUCAGCGCUUCAUGGAGCCGGAGGUGCACAUCAAGCAGGAGGAGGACGACGACGAGGUGGCCAGUCUGGCCCAUCUGGUCGACGGCAGCGAGGACUCCGCGGCCAGCGAUCACAAGCUCAAGGUGGUCAACGAGGAGAAGCUGCGCAUGGUGCGCGUUCGGCGGCUGAGCAGCACCGGUGGUGGCUCCUCGGAGGAGAUGCCCGCACCGCUGGCACCGCCGCCGCCACCAGCAGCGCCAUCCAGUGGGGCAGAGGGCACCACCACCACCGCCACCAGCAGCAGCAGCAGCAGCAGCAACAGUAGCAACAGCAGCAACAACAGCAACAACAGCAACAGCAGCAACACAACAGCAGUAACCACCGCAUCGGCAACCACGGCAGCCGGUUGGAAUUACUAGAAAAACUAUAUGAUAAUUCAGUGCAAUGUAGAGAGAAGCGUUUACUUGUGAUUAAGUUUGAAUAUUUAGACGAUGUGUGUGGUGAAACCCAUCCAUAUCCAUCAUACAUCUAUACCCAUAUAUGUAUAUGUAUAGAUAUAUAUAUAUAUAUAUAGCACUUAGGCCCUAGAAAACUCUAUUUUUUUUUUGUUUUUUUUUUGUCAUUAAACAUUAAACAUUUAACAGUAAACAUUAAACAGUAAACAUUAACUACUAAAUAUAGGCGUUAGUUGUAGCGGUUAAGAUAUAGCCUUAGGUUGAGGAGUUGUAAUAGUUGUAGCUAAAAGUUUAGAGACGCUAUGCGAUUACGAUGAUGGAGAGAUGAGAUGAGAUGAGAUGAAAUGAGAUGAGAUGAGAUGAGAUGAGAUGAGCAGCGCAAAAGUAUUAAUGAAAAUGAGAACCCCAUUUAAGAACACCCGGCUUGCCGACGAACUUUAACCAAAAUGUCGAGAUCCAAUUGAAAGAAAGUGAAAGAUUUGAUCUUGCAAAGAUUUUCGAUUUCGAUUUUUCGAUUUGUUUCUACUUGAAGACUGUAAGCAAAGGCGGUAGGAUUGAUAACUACACACGUAAUUCUAUUCUCUAUAUAUACAUAUAUAUAAAUAAUUUUUUUUUUUUUUGAGAAACUAUUAUAUGAUUAUUAGCAGUUUAGCUGGUUAAGUGUAAAUAAAAAUAAAUCAAUGAAUGAAGAUGACGAUGUAAAUAGAUUUCUCGCGAGGCAUGAUCUUGCUAUCGUUCUUCCUAAAAAUCCUACCUUCUACCACCCUCAGCAACCGACUUGUUUAACUAUCUUUUGAUCUCAAGCAAAAAACAAAACAAAACAAAACAAAACGAAAUAAAAUGAUACAGAUAUGGAAAGGGAAUUGUGGAAGGAGUGGAGUGAAUAUCCAAAGUAAAAGAUAGUUAAAGGCCAAGCAAAAGUGCAGUGAGCAGAAAGUUUUACCCUAUUUUGUUGCCCAAAAUAAAGUAAUAUUGUGACGAUGAGAAAAGGAAGGCAAAAC